AUGGCGAAGAAUUUGAGUACUCGUGCGGGACUGAAGUCUAAGUGGCCACUUGCGGCGGAUCUGACUGGCUCUAUUCAACCCUUGCGUUUUGAAGGCGAGGUAGCUGAUGUCAUUGUGUAUGGAGAUAUUCCAACCCAAAUUGAUGGCACGUUCUAUCGCAUCUCCCUGGAUCGUUUCAUGCCUAACGAGCACAACAUUCCUAUCGACGGCGACGGCUUGAUUUCGGCAUUUCGCAUCGAAGACGGGCAUGUUGAUUUCAAAAUUAAAUACGUGGGAACGGAACGAUAUCGGUUAGAAAGGCGCGCUCGAAAGACCCUAUUUGGCGUAUUCAAGAAUCCUUGGUCACAUCACCCAUGUGUUCGUGCAGCGGCGGAUUCGACGGGUAGCACCAAUGUUAUUCGGUGGGCACAGCGGUUAUUGGUGCUGGAGGAAGCCGGCAACCCCCACGAAGUCGAUCCCGACACGCUAGAGACUUUGCGUUAUGAUCCAUUCGAGGACCAAAUCAAAGCGAAGGCUUUCACUGCCCAUCCAAAGGUCGACCCAUUCACGAAAGAGCUCGUCGUGUUUGGGUAUGAAGCUAAAGGCCCAGCAACCAAGGACAUUGUCACAUGGUCUCUUGAUGAACAGGGACAAAAGAAAGAGGAGCUAUGGAUCGAAGCGCCUUGGUGUACCAUCAUACAUGAUUGCGGCAUCACCGAGAACUGGCUCAUACUAAUGAUGUGGCCCUAUGAUGUCAACGUCGAAGGCAUGAAGACUGGGGGCCCCCAUUAUACGUAUACCGCUGAUCGCCCUGCUUGCUUCAUCGUUGUUCCUCGCCGUAAAAAUCCUCCGAUUGCUGGAUGGAAAGAGGGAGAGUACCGAUUUUACAACUGGAAGCAUUGCAUGAAUAUUCAUACUGCUGGUGCAUGGGAAGACUCAAAUGGCAAUCUCUACAUUGAAACCACGCGAGUACAUGGCAACGUUUUCCCUUUCUUUCCCCCAACGGAUGGCCAAUCUGCUGGUGCUGGAGAAGCCAAAGCCGACUUUGUUCGUUGGAAGAUUGACCCGUCUCAACCAUCCGACUCUUGGUUGGAAGACCCGACCCUUAUUCUAGACCUGCCCUGCGAGUUCCCGCGAAUUGACGAGCGGCUGACGUCGAAGAAGUAUAACAUCGUGUUUUUGAACGUUUUCAUCCCUCAGAACGCAGAUGGUUCAAAGAAUGUAUUUCAAGGCUUGAAUGGCUUGGCCAUGAUCAAUACGCAGACCGGGGAGCAACAGUUUUAUUACCCUGGUGAUGACUGUUUCGCACAAGAGCCGACGUUCAUUCCUCGUAGCUCCGAUGCUGCCGAGGGAGACGGCUGGAUUAUGUCACUUAUUGAGAAUCGCGUCAGCCAAACAUCCGACCUUGUGUUCAUAGACACUCGCGAUUUUACCAAGCCAAUUGCUAUUGCUGCUCUUCCAUUUCGCAUCAAGUCGCAGGUGCAUGGGAACUGGGUUGACGCGAAAGAUCUAGGACCCCGCAAAUCACUGGUUGAUGUGCCUGCGGCCUGGCCAUUGUCCAACAAGGGAGACUUGGAGCCACUGUGA